AUGAAGACCUCUCACAAAAAGGUACCUGCAGAGCAGGAAACCAGAGAUGAAGUAAAUCACCACACCAGAUCCGCACAUGUGAAGAAGAAAAAAACGUGUCAUAAGAAGCAGAGGGGCAGACCUUCGUCCCAGCUCCGCAGGAGCCUCGUGGGCUGCAGGAUCUCCCAUGGGUGGAAGGAAGGCGACGAGCCCAUCACCCAGUGGAAAGGGACUGUCCUGGACCAGGUGCCCAUCAAUCCCGCUCUGUACCUGGUCAAAUACGAUGGCAUUGACUGUGUCUAUGGACUGGAACUGUACAGGGAUGAGAGAGUCUUGUCUCUUAAGGUUCUCUCAGACAGGGUGGCAUCCUCUCAAGACACGGAUGCAAACCUGGCCAGCUCCAUCAUUGGCAAAGCGGUGGAGCAUCUGUUUGAGGGCGAGCAGGGCGCCAAGGAUGAGUGGAGAGGGAUGGUGUUGGCCCAAGCGCCCAUCAUGAAAGCGUGGUUCUACAUCACCUAUGAGAAAGAUCCCGUCCUGUACAUGUACCAGCUUCUGGAUGACUACAAGGAAGGAGACCUCCGCAUCAUGCCAGAUCCCAGCGAGUCUCCAGCAGAGAGAGAGCCAGAAGGAGUUAUAGAUGGCCUGAUAGGCAAGCACGUGGAAUAUACCAAAGAAGAUGGCUCCAAACGGAUAGGCAAGGUUAUUCACCAAGUGGAGGCCAAACCCUCUGUGUACUUCAUCAAGUUUGAGGAUGAUUUCCAUAUCUAUGUCUAUGAUUUGGUAAAAAGGUCCUGUUAG